AUGGCACCAAAUUCGUUUGCGCCCGAGGGUUCCCACCCCCCCAACGUACGACGCGAAUCAUCGCAAUCGUCCCAUGGCGAUAUGAGCAAUCACGGUAUCCCAGGUGGGCCUGGACGAAGCAGCUUUCCCAUGCAAGCGAGUCGUGGUGGACGCAGUAGCUUCCAAGGCCAGCCAUACUCCCAACCGAUGCCGUACUCACCUCAGCAGAGUUUCCGCGGACAACCGAAUCAGCGAAGCAUGCCCCAUAUGCCGUCAUUUCAAGGGCGCUCCCAGCCAUACACGAACUCUCCAAAUAUGGCUACUCGCAGCCCAGCUAUGAUGAAUGUCAAUCCGGCGACGCCCCAAAUGCCGCACAUGCAGAUGGUCCCUGGCAUGCCCGGCCAGCAGUAUGGAAAUCAAGGAUAUCAGGGAUUCCCACAAGUAAAGCGCCACUUUUCUUCUUCCAAUCCUCCUUCUACUAAAGGCAAGACUGGUAAAAGCAGAGGUCGCGGCAAAGGAGCUUCGAAUUUCAACAAUUCGAAGCGUGAGUGGGACCGCCCGGCCGCUCACCGGAACGAUCCCAAGCCGCCUGUGCCAGACCCAGCUUUCCUGGUCCCUCCCCAACAGCUUCCAUUUGAUCUCUCGCCCCAAAGUGGCAAUUUUGAAAAGGUUCUGACAGCCAAAAAGCAGGGUCAUUAUGUACAGCUUCAGCCCGACCCGAGUUUGCAAGCUAUGUACCACCAGCAUUGGAUGCAGCAAAAUCCGCAGAUGCAAGGUUACCCUCCACCUACGUCCCCUCGUCCGAACUAUGUACCAGGACCCGGUCCGCAGUUCAUGCAGACACAAUACAGCAAUCAGGGUCAACAUCCACAGCAGGCUCAGCCCAUGUCGCGAAGCCCCUCCCAAGUCUCUGCAGCCGAGCGUCCAGCAUCGAGCCUAGGACAGCCGCAUACUCCUGCUAUACCAGCUGUAUCCGGUCAUUCUCAUACCGCUAGCCGUGCGACUAGCAGCCCGGUCCCGAAGGCAAACUUCAUUGUACCGCCGAAGAAGAGUGCCGCUAUCGCCAUCAAGAAUGAGGACGGCGUUGUGCAGCCGGUCACCAAGCCACCCAGGCGGCUACCCCUCCCGUCCCCGAAUCAAGAAGCCGAUCUCGAUGAAGAGAAAAAGAAAGCAAUGCAAGAUGCUGUGGCAAAGAAGAUUGCUGAAGAUGCCAAACUCCAACAGGACAAAGAAGAUGCUGAGAAGAAGGCCUUGAAGGAGAAAGAGGAGGCCGAAGCUAGCGGGAAAGAAGCUGCUCAGCCAGAAGAAAAGGCCGAGACCCAAGCCGAAUUCAGGGGCGAACAACCUGCCGCUGUAGCGACGGAGGCCGAAGUCACUACAGAUUCGGAUCGCCAUGUCCCAGCAGCUGUGGAGCCAACAAACAAUGAAGACGCAACAGAGCAGAAACCGGCUCCCCUUGAAGUGGAAGAGCCCGAAGAAGAAGACGAUGAAUUUGAGAAACUAGCUAAACAAAUGGAAGCUGAAGAAGCCGCUCGCGAAGAAGAAGAAAGACAGAAAGAAGCUGUCUAUCAGGCCAAAAAGCAGGCCGAACGAGAGGCUCAGAAGCAAAAGGAGGCCGAGGAAGAGGCUGCAUACUAUGCAAACAUGAAACAAGCUGAGCGGGAGGCCGAAGAAGCUGAGGAAGCCCGUCAGCGCAAGAAGGCAGAGGUCACGGAAGGGGAAGAUCCAAACAAAACCGUGGAGGCGUUAAAAGCGGAAGAUGCUCCUAGUCCCUCAUCACAGGACAGUCCAGCAAUCCAGACGCCCGUUGAGAGCGGCGCUGCCACCCCUGUUUCAGAUGUCUCAAUGGGACCACCUAAGAGUAUUGCAACUAACCGCAGGGACCGACCUGCGGCUCUUACGUUGGAAACGUCUAAACAGGUUGAGCCUCCACAGCCCAGUGCUGCUAUGAAAGCUUUGCGAUCCGCGCGAUUCCUGGAUGACCUUGCCGGCAUCGAAUAUCCAAAUGCGGUUGCUUCGCCCAACCCUGCAUUAAAUAAGAACGCGCCUGCUGACCGAAAGUUCAAAUACAACAAAGAGUUUCUGUUGCAGUUUCAAAACGUUUUCAAGGAGAAACCAUCUUUAGAUUGGGAUGUUAAGAUUCGUGAUACGAUUGGUGACGGCGGUGACACGUCCGCCCGGCCUGGCUCAGCACGGACACCAGCCACCAUGAGUGCCCGAAGCACGUCAAACCGUCCAAGUGUUGUGCAAGGCUUUAGCGGCAUGGGCACGUUCAAUGCUCCACCCAGGGCUGGCCCGGCGAAUCUGCCUCCAGGGACAACAUCGGCCGAACGAUUUGCAUUAUCCAAUCAAGGAAUGGGUGGUCAACGUGCUGGUCCUAUGCAGAACAAUCCCUUUACUUUCGGUCGUCCUCCUGGUAUGCCUCUAGUGGGACCUUCUAUGAGUCGUAACAGUUCGUCCAACGCACUUGCUGGUCAGAUCCCAUCCUCCCCUCGAGUCGGUGGCUCCCAGCGUGGCAACACCAGAGUAGGAAGCAAACGCGACAAAAUAUCCAGUAAGAAAGUAGAAGAGGAGAACAAGAACAUGCCCCUGACCGCCGCCAUGGAAGUGAAGCCCAUUCAAACAUCAAGCUCUGGCUGGAAACCAAGAAGUAUUGGACAGGCUGCAGGAGCUGGUCCAGCUCCUGAUGGUCACAUGCCUCCUGAUGUCGUGCAACGCAGAGUCAAGGGUCUGCUCAACAAGAUGACCCCAGAGAAAUUCGAGCGCAUAGCCGACCAGAUCCUGGAAAUUGCAGCUCAGUCAAAGAACGAAACUGAUGGACGGACUCUUCGACAAGUCAUCCAAUUGACCUUCGAAAAAGCUACUGACGAGGCCCACUGGGCUACAACAUAUGCCUUAUUCUGCGAGCGAAUGUUGAAAUUCAUGAGUCCCGACAUCAAGGAUGAGAAUAUCAAGGACAAGCACGGCAAUGUGGUGACUGGUGGUGCUCUAUUUCGAAAAUACCUCCUCAAUCGCUGCCAGGAAGAAUUCGAACGGGGUUGGAAGGUCAAUAUGCCUCCCAAGCCUGAGGGUCAAACUGAGGAGGCAGCCCUGUUGUCUGAAGAGUACUACAUUGCUGCAGCCGCUAAACGACGUGGUCUGGGUCUUGUGAAAUUCAUUGGAGAGCUCUACAAGCUUGGCAUGUUGACAGAACGUAUCAUGCACGAAUGCAUUAAGAAAUUGCUGGAAUUAGACGAAAACGGCCCUGAUGAAUCUGAAGUCGAGAGUUUGGUCAGUCUUCUCAACACAGUCGGUCUGAACCUGGAGCAGUCGGAACGUGGUCCAGCCUUGAUGAACGUCUACUUCGAACGUAUUGUAUCAAUCAUGAAUCACCCAGAUCUGCCAAGUCGACUUAAGUUCAAACUCCUGGACGUCAUUGACCUUCGAAAACAUGGAUGGCAGUCAAAGAAUGACGACAAGGGCCCCAAGACUCUGGCAGAAAUUCAUGCAGACGUGCAGCGAAAACAACAGGAGGCCGAACUCGAACGUUUGCGACAACAGGCUAGCAAUAGAGGUGGUGGUGCUGGUGGUGGUGGUCGCUUGCCCAUGGGUCGUGGCGAUGCUCGAAACUUCUCUGGUGGCCGCGGUAUGCCUCCACCAGACUACACCUCGAACAAUGUCGGCACCGAUGAUCUUCGACGUCUUGGUGCUAGAACCACGCGAAACUCGAGCAAUCCCAACGGCCCAACUCUUGGUCCAAGCAACCUUUUCAGUAGUGGCCGGACCAAUAGCGGCCGAAGAGGACUGGGACCUGGCUCACUUCUAGGCCGCGGCGAAGAUAGCGGAACCAGCAGCCGAACUGGUACACCACCACAGCGGGAGAAGGAUAAGAAGGAAGAGGGAGACAAGUCUAGCACAAAUGCUUUCAGCGCAUUAGCCGCCCUCGAAGGAGAAUCUGCCAACCAAGCCGCCUCGCCACCAUCUGCUGCAUCUUCCCCACCAACCACAAAGCUUCAUCCUACCCUCGGACGACAACGAUCGAAGUCGCCUGUCAAAGGCAAUGAGUGA